UCACUGUAAUGUAAUUACUAACCUAUAAUUUAAACUACCAAAUGUUAACAAUUUAAUGGUUUUAAAGUACUGUUUUUAAAUACAUGAUCAUAUAUUCCUGUACCAGCGAAUAUGGAUUUCGGCGACUUAAAAGACGAUAAAGCUAUCCAAGAAAAGCUUACUAACUUCCAGAGUAGUGUAAAAAAAAUUAUCCAAAUGCUUCAAUUAGCACUAAGCUCCGAUGUUUACGAAAAGCUAUCCAUAAAGGAAAAAGUUGAGUAUGAUUUGUUUCAAGCAUACACUUUAAGUACUUUAUACUGGAUCUAUUUGAGGAAUAAAAACGAGGAUCCCAACAAAAAUGACAUCAAAAAUCAACUAAAUAGAAUCAAAGACUGCAUGGUUAAAGCUAAACAGGCACACGAAAGACAGACAAUAAGGCCCAGAAUAGAUCAGCAAGCGGCCGGCAGAUUUGUUAAGCAUGGGAUCCAAUACAAAGAUAAGUCCAAAGGUCUACCACCAAAUAAGAAACUGAAGUUUUCAGAUUGAAUUUCAAGUUACACUUCUGGAAUAUACACAUUUGUAAAUAUAUGUUUGCAGAUUUUUACUACCUACUGCACUGCAUUUUUAUCACCGUUAGGUUUAGUAUUACAUCCUGAAUAAAUAUUUGAUUAGAGA